AUGAUUGUUGAACUUCUGUUAGGCUGUGCCCUAGCCUACAUUGUUUGGAGUAUCGCUUGUUUAGAGGCCAAUGUGCGCAAGGCUCGAGAUUUCCAGGUGCCUAUUGUACGGCUUCCAAUCGAUGCGAACAAUGUUCUUUGGAUUCUUCUUCAACCUCAUGUCUGGAAAAUUCUAGAUGGACUUCCAUUCAAUUGGUCUUCUUACCCUCGCUUUGUGCGCUUCUCUCGCCGAGGAUGGUACUUUGCCGAACGAGCAAAGGCUCAUGAACAAUUGGGGCCAGUUUGGGCACUCGUGUCGCCCAUGGCUAUCAACUUGCACUUCGCAGAUCCGGACACUAUCCGUGACAUCGUAACCCGACGCGGCGAUUUCCAACGUCCUACUAAAGAGCUUAAGCUAUUGGAGCUCUACGGCCCAUGCAUAUCGACAGCCAAAUGGGAGGAGUGGCCCCGUCAUCGCAAAGUGAUGGCGACCCCCUUCAAUGAAACAAUCAUGAAGUUCGUCUGGGAAGAGUCCAUUCGUCAAGCAAAAGGCAUGGUGAAUUCAUGGACUAGCGCAUCUACGGCCGGAAUCCCUAGCUAUCAGAAAGAUACACGGGCAUUGUCACUCAACGUCCUCGCAGCCGCUGGCUUUCGGAAAUCGUACGACUUCUGUGGUUCUGACGAGCCAGUAGCCGACGAGAUAGGAAGCUAUCGUGACUCUCUUCAGACCGUCCUCGACAACAUCAUUCUGUUGAUGUUGGUCCCCUUCAAUGUACUAUGCGUGAUACCCGGAAAUUAUGCUAGAAUUGGCAAAGCAGGAAUCUCCUUUAAGCGUCAUAUGGUGAAGAUGCUCGAUGAUGAAACCACAGCGCUCAACCAAGGCAAACCUGGAUCUGGUGGCAUUAUGACAUCCUUUGUGCGCGCCGCCGACAUGCAUAAUCUUGAUUCUACUGAUGUGUCAAGCCCGAGAGCUGCCAAAAAGGGACUCUCCGUCGAUGAGAUCUUCGGCAAUCUUUUUGUCAUCAAUUUUGCGGGACACGAUACCACGGCCAACACAUUGGCGUUUGGCAUGCUGCUUUUAGCGGCGCAUCCAGAUGCCCAGGAAUGGCUGGCAGCAGAAAUCAUGUUCGUCACUGGGGAUAGUCCUAUAGAGAUGCUGGACUACAAGGAUCUCUUUCCAAAGCUUAAGCGCUGCCGGGCUGUCUUGUAUGAAACCCUACGUCUUUAUCCGCCUGUCCCAGCACUGCCAUCAAUUACCUCCCACGGAAUGCAGACACUCAAUGUUGGCGAGCAAACACUCAACAUACCAGAGGGAGUAAACCUCACCGUCAACCUGCGCGCUAUGCAAAUGCACCCGCAGCAUUGGCCUGAUGGGGAAGCCUGGAAGCCGUCACGAUGGAUCUUGAAUCCUGCGCCAGCGAACUCCCCUUCGGCUGAUCAGAUAGCCAACGAACAACUAAUUGUGCCAAGUAAGCACAUCUUCUUCCCGUGGGGCGAAGGACCGCAGAUUUGCCCGGGAAAGAAGUUUGCUGAGGUUGAGGCAGUCGCCGUAUUGGGCUACCUAUUUGAGGCGCAUCGCAUAAUGGUAAAAAGAAAUCCCGGCGAGAACGACGAUGCGGUACGCAAGAGGGUUGACAACUGUCUGAAUGACGUUGAUCUAGAAAUGCUGCUAAGGCUAAGGGAUGCGGAUCGGGUAACUCUUAUCUGUAAAGAAGCGUGA